ACAGCAUUUCAGUCUCUUCCUUUCCACCUGUCUACAACGUUUGUCUCAGUCAUGCGUCACGGUCUUCUAACUUUCGCUCUCUUCACUGCUCUCUUCUAUACCUUUGCUACUGCUACCACCGCGUACACCUUUGAUGCUGAUAUCACUGCGGCAGAUGAUUCUCCAGCUAUGGGUUUGGAGGAUCAAUGCAUCAAGUCGGGGCAGCCGUGCAUAGUACCCAGCGACGACCGGUGUUGCGAGGACUUGAUUUGCACAUCCCCCGGUGAAGGGAGCAUAGUUGACCAGUGCCUUCCGCCACCAGCCUAAAGCUACACACCGAGAGUUCAGCGAACGCCAGAGUUGCAUGAAGAUGCAAAAGUUGACAGUCAGAGUGUUAUAUGUCCCAGUGUAAUGAAUUACAAACAGGGAUGGCAAGGUUAUCAUGGGCAUACCCAACAUGUCAAAUCCUUUCCACACAUGCUGAAAAUGAGGAUUUACACAUCCUGUCCGACUGUGGCUUGCAUGAACCCAUUGACCCCGGACAACUCGUUGUCAGAUGGUAGUACCACUUCCUCAUGAUAUCGAUGUCAUCUCUUGAGAUAGCAGCUUCUGUUUUGCUUGCCGACUAUUUUAUAUGCAGCCCUGAUGCGGGACCCAAUGUGAUUGACACAGCGCCGCGAUCCAGUCGCUUUCGUGACUGGGCACGUCUGAUCGUUCUAACUUCGUAGGAAUCUAUCAACCUGUCCUAGAGUCCUUCAUGCCUGACUACUGUCUGGAAUUUUUUUGCCUAGUCCAGAUGGUAUCACCAAGCUCAUUGCCUUCGAUGCGGGUGGACUCACUGGCAGCAUACUGAUCCGAGCUUGUUCGGAGGUUUAAGACCGCUCACAGUAAAGUUUCAGGGUCUUGAUAUGGUAUGCUGUCAUAAAGUCGAACAAUAUGUGGAGUUUUGAAUGAUCGCCUGGCGUUUGAUGGGUUCAUCCUGCGCUUUAGUCUAGGUGUACGCAAACGAAGGUGACAUUAGACCGCUCGGACCCUUGCUCGGAUCUCCAACGUCAACCACGGCAUCGCCUCGUUCGAAACUAUAUAAACACUGCACAUACCAGGUGUCUCUCAACAUCCCCACUCUUCAUUGACGCGUUUAUCUUCACCAUGAAGAUCUUUGCUUUUGCUGCUACUGUCGCGUCUAUACUUGCUCCUGUCAUUGCUCAAACUAUUGAUAUAGGGUAUCCCACCGAUGGGACGGUAUUCAACCCGGGUCAAAGCGUCAACGCCCAGAUAUUACGUCCCGACUCGAUUAUAGGCUGCACAGAAGUUGGGAUCGCUCUCGCAAUAGACACAUGCUCUAACGGCACAUGUCCAUCACCCUCGGACGUCCUGGGAUCCGUUCUUUACAGCGGCCCAUUCAAGCCCACCGCUCAUGCACAGCAGGGAUUUUAUCAGAACUUCACAGUUCAGAUCCCGAGCGGUUUGAACGCAGGCGAGGCUAUUUUUACGCUGACGCAUCUUUGUCUCUUAGGGGCUGGACCAACUCCUCUAUUAGAGUAUAGGAAUGCUUCUGUUACUAUCUCGUAGUGCACCUCUCGGUAGUAUAGGACUGCAUGAAUCAUUCACCUACUGAAAUCACACCAGGCACGUGUAGCGUGUUUAAAGCAAUAUGCAGAGUAUCUUGAAGGCAUCCCUCCGUAGAAGAAGAAAAGUGGUUAUGGACUUGAGUAUCAAUAUCAUUCCCACUCCAUGUCGUGUCCUUGCC